CAUUUUUAUUUCUUUUAUGAUAUUUAAUCUUUCUACAAUUUCGAUCUGAGGGCAAAGGGAGAAACCAAAACAAAAAAAAGAAUGGCUUCUAACCGUUGUGCUGUUUGCAAGAUCUUGAAUGUUACUUGUGAACCAACUUGCAUAUGCAAACCACAUUUCCCAUCGAACAGUACAAGAUUUCAAGAUGUUCAUCAAAUCUUUGGUGCCGAGAACGUCCUCAAGAUCCUCAACAGUCUUGGAGAAGUAGAACGUGAGAUUGCUGCCAACUGCUUGUGCUACGCGGCUGAGGCUCGUAGACGUGAUCCGGUUUCUGGUGUUUAUGGCAUGAAACUACACUAUGAAAGUAUUCUCAACGAUGUUGAGCAAGAGAUCAAAUCUGCAUUGAAUGAGCUUGAAACUAACUUGGGACCUGAUCAAGUGCCAAAAUAUUUUGAUAUUCCAAUUCCAGAUGAUUUCCUUAAUACAACAGCUUCUUUGGAUUCUUAUAUUGAGAAAAUCAAGAACCUAACCACAGUUGAAAAGAAUAACCUUUUGCAAUUCUGGAAGAGAGAAAAUCAAAAGAUGGGUGAUGAUCAUAGAGUUGAUGGUGCAUCAACAUCUGCUGGGCCAUCUACUGCUUUAGGUGAGAAGCAUCAGUGAUACUCAAAAUAUACCUCCAUUACCUGAAAA